AUACGUAAGGGUACAACAUCUUUUAAACCCUAAAGUUUUUGUUCAUUUUUUUGAAAAGUUUUCUCUCAUUAUCUUCCUCCAACCAUUGUCCAUCUCCUCUCUCGUCUCUGCAAAUCAGUUUUUUUCUUUCUUUUUCUUCUCUUCUCUCACCGCCCUGUCCGCUGGUACUGCGCCCCAAAUUGCCGAGUCCGGGUGACGAAGGCUGCAGCAUUCCUUAUUUGAUAAUACAGCUGAAAUGAGAGAAGGCUAUUCAAUACUUCUUGAACUUUCUGAUGUUGACCCUUUCUUUGACAAGAAAAAGAUAUUACUCAAUGAUAUGGGAUUUGAUGUCAAGGAAAUUGUACAUAAUAAGAGCUCUUUGGAUCGUGAUUCACUAAGUACUACUUUGAAUCAAAUGCUACAGAUAGCUAGAAUCAUACAUUUAGAUGAGGUAGAACUUUAUUUUGGUCAAACCGGCGGACUGGGAUUUUACAGCCCCAGGAAUGAGAUGGAGGCUCAAAAUUUCAUCCUUUCACUUAUCAAAAGCGCUUUAUCCCAUCAUGUACGCAUGCAAACACAUGCUCUGCAAGAUCUGCGAGAUGCACUUAUUAAUAGGAUUCAUGAGUUAGGAACUGAGGUUAAAGUGGAGAAUAAAAUUGAUAUAAACUACCAGUGUGAUAAAGAGAAGUGUUUAGUACAGUGGGCUCAAAACAGUGGUGCAAAAACAAGAUUGCAGAUAGCUUAUGUUGAAGGAGCUGGUAGAGGAGCAAUUGCGAUGGAAGAUAUGGAAGUUGGGGACAUUGCUAUGGAGAUUCCUGCAUCUAUUAUAAUCUCUGAGGAUCUCGUAUAUAAAUCUGACAUGUAUCAAGUAUUAGAGAAGAUUGAUGGAAUGUCAUCUGAGACUAUGUCAUUGUUAUGGAGCAUGAAGGAGAGGCACAACUGUAAUUCGCAAUUCAAGAUGUACUUUGAUACACUACCUGAAAAUUUUAACACAGGAUUGAGCUUUGGAGUUGAAGCAAUCAUGGCUUUGGAUGGAACUUUGCUAUUUGAAGAGAUAAUGCAAGCAAAAGAGCAUUUGCGUGUUCAAUAUGAUGAGUUAUUUCCUGCGUUAUCCAAGGAUCAUCCUGAUAUAUUUCCACCUGAGCUCUAUACAUGGGAGCAGUUUUUAUGGGCUUGCGAGCUCUGGUAUUCUAACAGCAUGAAAAUUAUGUUUGCUGAUGGAAAUCUGAAGACUUCCUUGAUCCCUGUUGCAGGCUUCCUCAAUCAUUCUUUACACCCGCAUAUAGUUCACUAUGGCAAAAUUGAUUCUACAACAAAUUCCUUGAAGUUCCGUCUUUCAAGACCUUGCAGUGUUGGGGAACAAUGCUGUCUUAGUUAUGGAAAUUUCUCUGGUUCACACCUAAUUACCUUUUAUGGUUUCUUACCACAAGGAGACAACCCUUAUGAUGUGAUUCCAUUGGAUUUUGAGGUUGACCAAGUUGACACCAUGGUGGAAUGCCCUUUGUCCAACUGGACCACUCACAUGGUCCGGGGAACCUGGCUUUCAGAGAAUCAAAAUAUCUUUUAUUAUGGUUUACCAUCUCCACUAUUAGACUGUCUACGAAGUGCUCGGAGUCAGAUGCCAUUCACUAAGACCCUUAUAAAAGCAAACAUGGAAGUUGAUAAAGAAGUUCUUGAAGAUCUACAGUCCACAUUCAAUGGCAUGAUGGAAAAUUUAAGUGACGUGGAUUCUGUUGAUAGGGAAAGUAGCAGUUGGGAUGUGAAGCUGGCAUCACAAUUUAAAGAGAUGCAAAGGAGGAUUGUCUCCUCGAUUUUAACUUCUUGUUCAACAGGUAUAAAGCUGGUGGAACACGAACUGUCUAAAUGCAAGGCUGAGGAGUGAGGAGAAGAUAUCACCAGGUGAGCUGGCUGCUAUUUGUUGCUCCUGACUCCAUGUUGCACUUGUGGCAUUGGCAUGACAUCUUUCUUGCACUGCAAAGAUCUUGUUAAUAGCCACACUGAUAACUGCAAUGACCAUCUGGCGCUCAGAAUUUUGAUGAUAUAAGCAGCAUGAUAUGAGUAAUGGCCUGGUAUGAUUAAUUUUCAAUGUUAUCAUGAAUGAACUUACAUGGUCAUUUGAGUGUAUUGGAUUGGAUGAGUUAUAUAUGAAUAGUUAACUUAUUUAUGUUGUCUGAA